AUGCAACCCACCUCGUUAUCCGGUGAUGUUGAGGUGUUCGACCCUCGGGGCGACCUGAAGUUGAUUGUCGGGUCGGACCAAAUCGCCUUCCAAGUGUGUUCGCGGGCCCUCGCGCGCUCGUCCAAAUACUGGGAGACGAUGCUCUACGGGGCGUUCGCUGAAGGACAGGGACAACAAGAAGCGGGGUCGGACUGGGUGAUCCCGCUCCCUGAAGAUCGUCCAGAAGGACUUCGGAUCCUCUGCCUCGCGGUCCACGGCAGAUUUGACGCCUUGCCUGGCAAAAUCACCCAUGGCGAGCUGCUUUACCUUACUGUGCUAGCGGACAAGUACAAUAUGAUCAGUUCCUUAAAGCCGUUCUGGAAAGGUUGGCUGAAGGAACUGGAUUACAUCACCGAUAGUACUCCCGCGGCGGAUGAACUGCUCGACUACCUCUCGGUGUGCUACAAACUGGGAUACGGCAGGGGAUUCCGUAAGGCUUUCGUUUACGUCGUGAAGUGUGCAGCGGCGCAUGGUGACGGCCGAUUAUACAUCGACGGUGACCAGGAUCAUGACAUCUACGGCGACGAUCAUGUUUGGUUGCGAGACAAGGUUCUGGGUCAGACCCCCUUCGCUGGUGGUGAUGUAUUAAACGAAUCAGAUGCUGACCCCAACGUAGAAGGUGUCAGGCGAGGACGCGAGAUAGUCCUGACGAUCAUAUGCACGAAGAUUCAGCGGGGCAUAUUAUCCCUCAUCUUUGAGUCCGGAUGCACGGCCGAAACUCCGAGCAAAGUUUGCAACUGCACAAUGCUAGGUUCUCUGGUCCGAGCCAUGGCGUCGCGGAAGUUGGACCGUUGGUUUAACGACAGGAUGGAAGGAGUGGCAGAUUCCAUCACGUCCUGUGUGUCCGACUUUUCCUCCCUCCUCGCCGAGCUCCGGGAAGAAGCGGUUGCCGCCCGGGAGUCGUUUGACUGGGAGCACGGGGAAUGCCGUCCUUGGGCGUCGGAGAGUGAGAAGAUGGGUGACGAGGGCAUGGACGCACUUUACGAGAUUAUUUACGAGUUUGCGGCAGACCUGGAGGGUGAGGCAAAAAAGUCGGGCCUCAAUCCCGACAAUCCCGCACGUUUCUCGACUCCGGUGCCAUGCCAAGAGAUUGCCGAAUUAGUAGUCGAUGAAGACCAGGGGAUCCCGUUAUUAGACAAUGGGUUGCUGUACGAGACAGAGGUUCGGUACCUACCUACUUAG